GAUUGGAGUAAGGGGUGUAUAACUGAGACUAUAAAAACUCAGAGAGAAAACUCUCCAUCAGGGCUGAGUUUAAGAGAAACUGCACAGACAGGACUCGAAAGUCAGAAUCUCCUGAUUUUCACAAGAUGCUGGACUGGAGAUUGGCAAGUGCACAUUUGAUCCUGGCUGUGAUGUUGAUGCCGUGGAGCUCAGGAAGAGUGCUCUCAGUGGAUGUCACAACAGAGGCCUUUGAUUCUGGAGUCAUACAUGUGCAGUCACCACCCACAGUCAGGGAGGAGAAAUCAGCCACUGAUCUGGCAGCAAAACUCUUGCUUCUUGAUGAACUUGUGUCUCUGGAGAAUGACGUGAUUGAAACAAAGAAGAAAAGGAGCUUCUCUGGAUUUGGCUCCCCCCUGGACCGACUCUCAGCUGGCUCUCUAGAGCAUAAAGGUAAACAGAGGAAAGUAGUAAAUCAUCCAAAAAGACGAUUUGGUGUCCCCAUGGAUCGGAUUGGUAGAAACCGGCUUUCAAAUUCAAGAGGCUAA